AUGGACUUUGCUGGAUGCUCCCUGACGAUGCUGGAUGCUUCUCUAUUAUCAGCUUUUGUUGAUAGGUGGCACUCGGAGACAUCAUCCUUCCAUCUUCCAUUCGGGGAGAUGACGGUGGCUUUGGAUGAUGUGCAUUCCCUAUUUCACCUUCCGAUUGCUGGUACGUUUUUUACACCAAUUCAUCGGGACCAGGCGACGCCGGUACGGAUGGUUGUGGAUGCCUUGGACGUUGACGUGGUGGCUGUCCUUACUGAGUUUUGUGAGACUCGGGGCUUUCACCUUAGGAUGUCUUGGUUGAGAAAGGUUUAUCAAGAGCUUGCGGAUGCAGGGAGGUACCAGGCUGCCGCUAGGGCGUACAUGCUACAUCUAGUGGCAUGUACUCUCUUUGCAGACAAGUCUAGAGUUUAUAUAGAUGUCCGUUAUGUUUCUCUAUUCAGCGAUCUUGACCCCCCAUGUUGGGCUUGGGGAGUGGCGACAUUGACGAUGAUGUACACAACGCUUGAUUAUGCAUCUCAUCUUGACACCAGACAACUUGCUGGUUACCUGAGCUUGUUACAAUGUUGGAUCUACGAGCACUUCCCUCAUAUCUGUGAUCGGAAAAUCCAUCGUUAUGCGGCUGCUGACCCAUAUGUGAGGAGGUAA